UCCAACAAAAGAAAAAAAAAAGAGGAUUCGCCACCGGUCCAUCAUGUCGACCGAUGGCAAUCCAAGCACCGAAAACGUCCAACCACCUCGUCAAACUUCCCCCGUGAAAUUGUCAGGGUGGAAGAGAGCACGCAACUUGCUCGGGUUAAAAGGCCGGACUACAAAGCAGCCAACGGAAUCAGAAUCGCAAUCGCCACCUCAGCCUCCAACUCCACCUGACCCCAGCCCACGCCUUCGCGAGUUGAUCCAAGGCGACCUGAGAGAAAUGCGCAAGGAGGCCAAGAAUCUCAACAGUUACAACAAACGCCUCAACGAUGAUCUCAAAACACUCGAAAGUGUUUUUCAAGAUAUCAAGGGGGGUGGGGAUGAAACCCUCAGAAACAAGAGUUUGGAAGAAACCCUAAAAAAGUUCAGAAAUGAACUGAUGAAGGUGAAGCUCACCAUUCCUUCCAACAUCGGAGCACACAAAGGCAAGCAGUUAAAAGAGCAGUUCAUCAAGGAUCGAAUCUCCGGGGAGAAGCCCAAGAAGAUACCCGUGCUGCACAGGAGUCCUCUCUUCGAGAUGAGCAAGGAGUUCAAAGACUUCGAGGACUGCUACUACAAGCUCGGGGAACGCCUCAAGCUAUGCUUGCUUUGUCUGUCCAUUUUCCCGCAGGGUGCCAUCAUCAAGAAGAGGCUGAUGCUGCAAUGGUGGGUCGUUGAGGGCUUCGCCGAGGACGAGGAGGUCGCCGAGGACUACUUGAAAGAAUUGAUGGACAAGGGCUUCCUUAUCGAGGCCGCCCCCGGUGACAACAGCUGCAGGCUCCACCCAUUCCAUCGAUCGGUACUGGUGGAGCUAGCCGAGAGGGCCAGGGUAUUCAACUUCGGCAAAGAAGGCGGUCCGACACAGAGCUUCAAGCAAACCUUCCAAGCGUGCUUGAGCGGGUCGGGGCUGAUCUCGUACGACGAUUUCAAGAAGAAGCACGACGAUUCCAAGAUAAAGAACGAUGACAGGAAGGCGGAUGAACCAAUCAAAGUGGUGAACGACCUAAUCGGAGAGCUGAAAAAUCUCCACCUCCUCAUGAAUGUGGACGAGCACAUCCUUGAAUUCAUAGAUGAGUGGUUUGAGAAGAUGAAGAAUCUCAACAUCUUGUAUCUCGGGAGAUGGAAGGCCAUGAUGGCCCACCACAUCGAGGUGGAGGAUCCCAAGUUCUUCAAGAAGCUCGGGAGCUUGAAGUACGUCAAGUAUUUUAGCCUCCAAGGCGUCUCCAACAUCAUCGAGCUCCACAACUCCAUCCUCGAGCUCACGAACCUCGAGGUGCUCGACCUCAGGGCUUGCGCGAAUCUCGAGAAGAUCCCGGAGAGGAUCGAGAAGCUAAAGAAGCUGAAGCAGUUGGACAUGUCUGAAUGCUACUUGCUAGCCAAAAUGCCGAAAGGCCUGUCGUCCCUCAAAUACCUCAAAGUGCUCAAGGGCUUCUUCGUCACCGAAGACAAAAAAGGAGACGACAACAAAGGCUGCAAGAUUGGAGAUUUGCAUGAACUGAAGUGUCUCGAAAAGCUUUGCAUCUACACAGACUGGAAGCGUUUCCCCAUGGAUAAGCAUGUCGCGGAGAUGGAGAAGCUGGAGCCUCUCAAGAAGCUGACCAUCACUUGGGGAGUUGGUACCAACACCGGCGGGGAUGAUAAUCCUGGAGAAGAGGGAGAAAAGGAGGGUAAGGCCAAGCUUCCGCCGAAACUGGAGAAGCUGGACCUCAAGUGCUUCCCGAGGAAAGAGACGCCGAAUUGGCUGAUGGUGAAGAAUUUGAAGAAUCUGAAGAGUCUGUACAUAAGAGGGGGGAAGUUUCGUGAUCUCGGGCAGUAUCAACGCUUCGAUGAUGGUGGUGUGACGGAAGAGUGGGAGGUGGAGAGGCUGCGGCUCAAGUAUUUGGGGGAGAUAGAGAUGGAAUGGAGGCAGCUUCAAGAAUUGUUUCCAAAGUUGGAGUAUUUGGAGAAGGUGAGAUGCCCAAGUCUUACCUUGUUCCCUUGUGAUGCAAAGGGGGUGUGGAACAGGAGAGAUGAUACGGGACCACCGGCCCAAGAGCCAGAGAAAAAGGACACGAGCAACGGCCAAGCUGAGCCUGCGAAGGGAGAGGCGGCUGCAGGACCCGAGCCUAAAGAAGAUGGGCAGAAGUCGCAGCGUCCUUGUUGCCCCGUCUGUUGUUAGGAGAGUUUGUUUUAUGCAAUUAACGGAAUAAAGAGUCGAGCGUGAUUAUAAAAGCUCUGUUUCGGGUUUUCUUUGUUGGUUCUUUCCCGGAAUGCAAAAGAGAAGCGAACCAGCCCUAGGGUUUAAGUAUUACUACUAUAAAUAAGAGAUGAUGUAUUCAAAUUCAUGAUCAAUAAAUUACAAUGAUCCUUUUAGUUUA